CUCAAGUCCUUCCAAUUCCCCCAAAUCCCUCUCUUCCUCAUAAAACAAACACUCUGUUAUACUUCCACACUGAAAUUUUCUUAGCCAAGCUCUCUUACACGCCAUCACCAUGGAGGAGAAUUACAGAGACCACCACCGCCACCGCCGCCGUGACUCCCCGGCUCCAAUGAAUAAGGUCCAAGUUUUUUACUAUAUCUCCAGAAAUGGCCGUCUGGAACAACCCCAUUUCCUCGAAAUCCCUCUCUUCCCCAGCCACCCUCUUCGUCUCAAAGAUGUUUUGGAUCGGCUCGCUGUUCUCAGAGGCAACGCCAUGCCCUUCCUCUAUUCUUGGUCCUGUAAAAGGAACUAUAAAAGUGGAUAUGUAUGGAACGACUUGUCGGAAAAUGACGUGGUAUAUCCUGCUGAAGGUUCUGAAUACGUUCUGAAGGCCUCUCAACUUGUCGAUGUUCAUGCCUGCUCUGAAAAAUUGCAGCAAAUACACAUCAGCAACACCACCAGGCAACCGGUUCAAGAACCGAAUCUCCCAACUAAAGCUCGGAAACAGCAACUCGCUCCGAGUCCACUCAAAGAACUCGCCAACCACCCAGAUUCCGACUUAGAAUACGACGAAGUCGAAGACUAUGAAUACGACGACGGAGAGAAGCACAUUUAUUCAACCACCACCCCUCAAUCCCGCUGCUCUCGCGGCGUCUCCACCGAAGAACCCCCCGGGCCAACUCGCUCCACAACUCACACUCCCGCCGAGUCAACUCGCUUCGACUCGGCUCGCCUCUCCACUUCGAAACGGUUCGCCUUGGACAACGAAGACGAACUAGGAACCGAGUCGGCGCCGAGUCGGAAUUCGGUCCUGCUGCAGUUCAUAGCGUGUGGCGGCUCAGUGGGUUCGAAGGCGAAAACCGGGCCGGGUUUGGGAGAACCGGCGAGAAGAACGGAGAAGGGGCUUGCGAAAGAGGUUGUGUGUAAAAUGGCCGGAAAAAUGAUCGGAGAAGAGGAGAUGAUAAAGUAUAUGUCGGAGAAUCCGAGGUUCGGGAAGUUGCAGACGGAGGAGAAGGAGUAUUUCAGUGGCUCCAUUGUGGAGUCCAUUAGAGAAGAUCGACAUGUCGUCCAGCCUGUGCUCAAGAAGUCUAACUCCUAUAAUGAAGAAAAGAGCAAAAGAGGAGAAAUGGAAGAAAAAAGAGAUGGAGAUGAAGAGAAUGAGAAUAAUGGUGGGAUCAAAGGAAGGUGCCUUCCUCUCAUGAUAUUAACCUCAGCCUCAUCAAAGCAACCCAAGAAGCCUUGAAACUCACUUCCAUCCCAUUGCUAGCUUUGUCCAAGUUCCUUCAUAUUACUCCAAAAAAAAAGUAUAUGUUAAAAUAUAGUUGCAUCUACUCUUAACUU